UCUCUUACUUUACACACCUAGGUCAAGAGAGCAAGAUUUGUGUGUGAAAACUGAGAGCAAACUCGUGUAAAAGCUUGGGAAAGCUCGUGAGAAUUGAGAACAAUUACGUGAAAACUCAAAGUAGGAUAACAGAUUAACAUCUGCUGAGGAAGGUUCAUUUGUAGAUUUAAGUGAAACAAUGGAAGGGGUGAAUGAUGGGUUUACAUUGUGUGGGGAAGAAAGAAUACAGGGCUCAAACAAGAUGAUGUACAAUGGAUCUGAAAAGUUCAGAUGCAAGCAUUGAAGGGUUGGGAGACAUUGUUCUUGAUGAUUCAGAGGUACCGAUCGUUGGAAUGUUAUUUGAAGAACUGGAUGAGCUAUUUGGUUAUUACAAGAUAUAUGGACAAAGGAAGGGAUUUUCUGUGAAACGCAGGACUGUUAACAAGGACAUUGAUGAGAGGAUUAAAUAUGUCACUUUUAGUUGUGGUAGAUCAAAUAAGUAUAUUUCAAAGUCAGAGAAUUGGGUGAAUCCUCGUUUAAAUGCCAAGAAUGAUUGUAAGGCUAGGAUGAGUGCCUGUAUAGCGAAGGAGGGGAAGUGGGAGAUAACCAAGUUUCUGGAUGUGCACAAUCAUGCAAUGAGCCCAACUCAUUCAAGGUUUUUUAGCUGCAAUCGCAAGAUUAACACACAUAUUAAGCGACAACUUGAGAUUAAUGACAUUGCAGGGAUUCGUCCAAAUAAAAGUCACAAUGCUCAGGUGAUAGGGGUUGGAGAACAUGAGAAUUUACAUUUUUUGGAACAGGAUACUCGUAACUUGCUUGCAAAAGUAAGGCGUUUGAGGCUUGGUGAAGGAGAUGCAAAUGUAAUUCAGAGUUAUUUUAUGCAGAUACAAUCGCAUAAUGAUGGGUUCUUUUCCUUGAUUGAUUGGGAUGACAAUGGGCGACUUAAAAAUGUUUUUUGGGCUGAUCCAAGGAGAAUGGCAACAUGUAGAGAAUUUGGAGAUGUCAUCACCUUCGACACAACAUAUCUCACGAAUAAGUAUGAUAUGCAAUUUAUAUCGUUUGUUGGUGUCAAUCAUCAUGGGCAGUCAAUAUUGCUUGGUUGUGGGUUAAUUUCCAAUGAAGAUAGACACUUUUAUUUGGCUAUUUAGUGUUUGGCUUGCUUGCAUACAUAAUGUUCAUCCAGUUGGUAUCAUAACUGACCAAGAUAGAGCAAUGAAGAAUGCUAUUGCUAUAGUUUUCCCUAAAACUAGGCAUAGAUUGUGUUUGUGACACAUUUUGAAGAAAGUGCCUGAGAUGUUGGGAUCAUACAAUGAGUAUGAACAAAUAACAUAUGCACUGGGGGAAGCUGUAUAUGGAUCACAAAGCAUAAUGGAGUUUGAAAGGAGCUGGAAUAUGAUGAUUGAAAAUUUGCAGUUGCAAGUUAACUCUUGGUUGGGAACAAUGUAUGCUGAGAGGGAAAUGUGGGUUCCAAUUUAUGUUAAAAAUUUCUUUUGGGCUGAUAUGUCUACCACACAGAAGCGAGAGCAUGAACGCAUUCUUUGAUGGUUAUGUAAGCUCAAAGACAAUCUUGAAACAGUUUGUGGAGCAGUAUAACAAUGCAUUGAGGAACAAAACUGAGAAGAAAAGUGUAGCAGAUUUCAAUUCCUACCACAAGCAUCUAAACUGUGCAACAUCAUAUUUAAUGGAGAAAUAAAUGUUGGACUUGUAUACUGAGUCCAAGUUUAAGGAGUUCCAGAAGGAGUUGAUGGGUAUGAUUUACUGCAUGACAAAAUCUGUGAUGAGGAAUGACAUGUUUACACAAUUUCAAGUAGAAGAAAAUGUUUUUUAUGGAGAUAAAGGAAGGAAAAAAUUGAUUACAUGAUGUGUUAUGAUAGCAGCACAUCCACUGUUGUUUGUACUUGCUGCAGGUUUGAGUUCAGAGGCAUAUUAUGUAGGCAUGCUUUGGCUGUGUUA